CCCACUCUACUGAUUCAAAUGCUAUUAAAAUGAAUACCUAUCGAAUAUUAUCUCUUUCGCUGUUUUGAUUGACACAGUGCAGCAGUCAUGGUGGAAACAAGUAACUGGCGCGACAAGUUAGGAAAAACAUGCAUUCCACAAAGAUAUGUGCUCGCUAUCAUGGGGCUAUUUGCGAUUAUAAAUGCGUACACAAUGAGGGUGAGCUUGUCUGUGGCCAUCGUUUUCAUGGCGGGCAGUAGCAGCUCCUCUGAAACAGACCCGAACUCUUGUCCCAUACCACCUAAUAACGGAGAGGAAAAUGUCGAAGGAGAGUUUGACUGGGACACCGAGACAGUGGGUCUUAUUUUAAGCUCCUUCUUCUGGGGCUAUAUAAUUACGCACUUGCCCGGCGGAAUUUUAUCAGAGAAAUGGGGCGGAAAAUAUCUUCUCAGCGUUGGUAUCCUGAGCACCGCAAUCUUUACUCUAGUUUCACCCGUCGCGGCCAGAUAUGGAGGACCUGGUUGGUUCAUCGCCGUCAGAGUCCUUAUGGGACUGGGAGAAGGCACGACUUUUCCAGCAUUAAACACACUUUUAGCGCAAUGGAUCCCGGUUGAAGAGAGAGGAUUUUGGGGUACAAUGGUUUUUGCUGGCACUCAAAUCGGAACGGUGAUUGGAACCGCUUUAAGUGGUGUCUUGAUCGAGGCUUUCGGUUGGGAGAGCGUUUUCUACUUCUUCGGCUCCUGCGCUAUCGUCUGGUUCAUUAUUUUCACGCUCAUAUGCUACAGCAAACCUGACGAGCACCCUUACAUCACCGAGAAGGAGAAAAAAUUCCUCCAUGAGAAACUAGACGAUACAGUGAACAAAGAUCUCCCACCGAUCCCGUGGAAAUCCAUUUUUACAUCAGUGCCGUUGUGGGGUCUUGUCGCAGCUCAGGUUGGCCAUGACUGGGGAUUUUACACUCUUGUCACGGACUUGCCAUUGUACAUGAGCGACGUUUUACAUUAUAGCAUAGGAAAGAAUGGACUCGUGUCAUCUAUCCCUUAUCUUGUGAUGUGGAUCGUGUCUUUGACUUCUGGACUACUAGCAGACUGGCUUUUGAAGAAAAAAUAUUUGAGCAUCACAAACGUCAGAAAAAUCUUCACAUCUAUCGCGUCUUUCUUCCCUGCCGUUGGCUUGAUUGCCGCCUCCUACGCGGGAUGCGACGAAAUCGCCGUGAUAUCACUUUUCACCGUUUUCGUCGGACUCAUGGGCACAUUUUACCCUGGCAUGAAGGUCAACGCUCUCGAUCUGAGUCCCAACUAUGCUGGCGUGCUGAUGGCAAUUGUAAACGGAAUCGGCUCUUUGACAGGAAUCAUCACACCUUAUUUGGUCGGCGUCAUCACAGUGGAUAAAACAAGGUUGCAGUGGAGAACUGUGUUUUGGAUCGUGUUCGGCGUCAUGAACGCCACCAACCUUAUUUACGUUUUUACCGCGUCUGGAGAAGUUCAACCUUGGAAUUGGGGCGAAAAUGGAAAGUCGAUUAAGGAGGAAGACCAUGAUAAGAACGAGCAGAAAAAGAAUGACGAAGAGAAGGCUUCUCAAUAAAAUAAUGAGCUUUAUA